AUGCCUAUCCGUCGUCCUUCUGCUUCAGCAGGACACGCAAAUCCACCAACAAACUUGCCAAAGUCGCACAGGAGCAACGAUUCCCAUCAUGCUUUCGUGGGUCCAUCACAACCACCUUCAAUAGCGUAUUCAGCCGCGUCUGCAACACCGCAACAGAAAAUCGUACAGGCCUUGAUAAACAGAAUAAAGAACAAGCUCCCAUGCAACUCCGGGCUUGCCUUAGACAUUGUAGAGUCAGACGGCGCGACACAAAGAGCAGUUGAGGCUUUGGUAGAACUUGCGCAUGAUUCUUUGGAUAUCAUAUCAUGGUCGCUGAGCGAGUUACUCGAAAGACUGGCAAAGCAAACUGAUGCAGAUGGACACUUGACCGUAGAAGUGCUGCAAUCUCAACUGUUCAUAUUAAAAAUAUUGUCGGUAUCCAUGGCGUCGCGGUGGAAUUUACGUCAAGACGACAACCCUCGAUCGAGUUCUCGUGCAAGUAAAGGAGGAUCAAGUCACACAGCAAUUGAAGCUCCUGUGCCUCUCAUGUAUGCGAAUAAUAACCAAAGUAAAAGGAGUAGGCAGGCUCCAUCAGAAUACUCGUGCUCUACGCCGCCGCCAUGGGCUGAACCAUUCCCUUUGGACGACAAUUGUGCACGAUAUAUACUUAGUGUUAUGGUCUUGUACCUCCGCCAGACAGCGCCGCCUGAAAGCAGGCUCAUGUCUUCUUCAAAUCUGGCUCCUGAUGCAUCUUUACACGACUUCGAGUCAGUGGACUUGCCAACCACAUCUAGGGCAUUUGACGAGUAUACUGGCAUGAGGGGGCCACCACUACCAGCUCAUAUCUCCGAGGCACCAAAACCAGUGCUCAGACUAAAGAGUUCCACCUCGUCUUUCCAGUCCGCAUCUGCGAGCAUGAAUCCGGGAUUCCCAGGGUUGGGUCGCACGUUCCAAUUUGAGAAAACUCACAUGACGUUGGUCAAGUCGACGCUCUCGUUAAAUGUUCUUAUUGGUAAGUUCGCAGGACGAAUUGUAUAUCAUCUAUCUGCGUCCAAUUGGAUGGUGGUCUUCUAUCGCAUACGGACGAAGAUACAUUUUCUGGCGAACACGGCGGAAGAUAAUCCGGAUACAAUCGAUCUCUUACUCAUGACGCAUAGUGCCUUGGAUAGGACAAGGCUAGUACAAGUUUUACACGAACUAUCGUCCUUGCUCGUGAAUAUGAAGAGAGAAGCUCAGGCGGCAGUAGCAAUGCCCCUGCGAGUGGGAAUGUGGAACUGGGUCGAUUUGUUUCCCCAGGAGUUCAAUGACGCCAUGCGGUCCAGAGGAAGGCUUGAAGGUGCCCCAGAACGCGUUUUCGACUUGUUGUAUGCGGCAAACGUGCCUGGCAUGGAACGAGCGAUAUGGCCAACUCUGACAAUUUUGAAUUGUCUGUCCUCUGAGCGUAUGACCGCAGAUCUUCAAGACGCUCGAUUUGUGGAAGACCUUGUUAAACAUGCAAAUAACGGCUCCAAAUUAACAGAUGUGUCAUUUGUCUGUGCAAUCGAUAUAUGCAGGGCAGGGUACCGCCUUUCUCCUGAAGGGGAUCUGCCGCUCAGAGCUCUUGCUGCGGAUAUCGCCCAUGAAGUCAAGGUCUCAUUGUUGAAGAGUGCAAAGCAGAGGCCUUUUUGGGAUUCUUAUGAAGAAAUUGAUGUAGCGACAUACGCUGAGGCCUUGGCAGCGACCUUUAGGUUUUUAUCGGAAGAAGAGUCCAUCCCCAUCUUUCUCGCGAGCCUCGAGCCCGAACGUUCAGAUGCUGUAAAGAUUUGCGCCGUUAAGGCUGCAACCACUUUGACAACAGAGGCUUCUCGUUUACCUUGGCAGCCAUCUUUGGAGCGUCUCCAGGCGUCCAUCGCCAACCGACUGCGUGCCAUAUACAAGACAUCUUCUUUGCGGCGUAGUGAAAUUGAUCAGUACGGCAACGUCAAGCGGGCAGCCGCUCGACCAAAGGCCAAGCGUUUCACAUCAGAGACACUGGUGGAAAAAGACCUCCUGUUGCUGGCCAUUUUGACUUUAUGGCGCGCCGAUCCCAACUAUUAUAUAACGCAUAUAGGACAAGCAGAGAUUGACGACUUGAUGCCGGCUGCUGCGAAAAUAUGGGAGUCGCCAGUGGAUACGGCUGUAAAAAUAUCGGCAGCGACCUCUUUCCAGCAUAUGACAGACAUUUUCUUCAAAAUGCAUCCCACAGACGCUUUUUACGACACGAUCCAGGCUUGGUUGAAGAGUUCUAUCGCGUCUACUCUUACCAGCACUGUGAAGAAAUUGUUACUGAGUAGGAUAGAGCCAGAGGCUCAACGGUUGUGGAUCAGUAUUGCCCACGAAAUUAUUGAGACUUAUCAUCGAAAGAGCGAGGGAGACCAUGCUCGAGGUCUACAGCUUAGUGAGGAUCGAGUUUCGGCAUUUGCCAUGGCGGAAAUUGCUUUCCUCGUGUCAUUGACGUCCACAAGCAACGAUGUAUCGCAACUAGCAGCUCAGAGUCUACGCCUUAUUGCUCAAGCUGAACGCCAACCUGGCGCCCCUGUGAAUCGCGGUUUAACGGAAGAAGAUCGAUCUAAGCGUAACCCCAUAUAUGAACAAUUAGGCGACCCAAGUGUUGUCGUUGUUGGACGCGUUGGACAGCAGAGGCGCGUGAGAAAGCUGCUUCGUCUAGUGUCGUAUCCUUCUCCAAUCAACGUUGCUGUGUGGCAAGAAUGCUACUUCAGAUGGAGUGCCCUCUCAGAAUUUGUGGUUCAAUCUCCCAUAGCCGCUAUCGCAGCUUCAAAUGAUGCUCACCUUAGCCCAGACGAGAAAAACAUUUCGCAAGAGGAAAAAUUCUAUCAGUGGCGAAAUUUAACACUCUUCUUGGCUGCUUUCGGUGGUGCAUGCGUGCAAGAGGAGCACGACGUAUCUUCUUUGACAUCUGUCAUACCUCCCGAGUUCCUUCCAGAUGAGAUGCGUGCACUGCCAGAUCCCAGUUAUCUGGUCACCUCUUUCAUAGAGUUCCUCACGAAUGAGCUUAUUGACGAUGACCUCCGCAUUCGUGAAGUGGCUAGAGAGGCCCUUGGAUCCGAGCUGAGUCCACGUCUCUUCGCCAAAUUAUUCAAGCACCUGGACGAAAUCACUCGCAAUAUUACUGAAGGAGCCGGCUUAGAGUUCAAGGAAGAGUACAGCUUGUUUUUGGACCAGUUGAUCUCUGUUCUGAAAUCGCUAGUGGAUAACGCUCAAAUGCCCCCUGAUGAAGCGCUUAGCAUCGAUCUCGGUUCUAUUCUGCAUGUACUUGUCGGAUUCAUCUCCCGAUUCCAUGACCCGGCAUCUUAUCGCAUACGGAUUAAAUUUUGCGCCCUGUGCGAUAGCAUAUGUGACCGAACUGAUACUUUGACUUUGCGUAAAGAUGAUCUUGCAAGAAAUCGUAUUCUGGACAUAGUCAUGGAGUGGCUCCAGGAUCCAGCAACCAUACAAUUCGAUCUAAACCUGGCGUCUCUGCGAACUGCUGUUAAACUUCUUGAUCACUUGAAGUUGCAACCUAUAGACAGCAGCGCAAAUGAAUCCGACGAUACAGGACAUGCAGUCUCGCGCCUAUUCAUACGUUAUUCACACAUAUUGAUGAAAGCGUUAGAUAUCUGUCAGGCUGAUGUUACCGUUUCCGACAGCGUUUCAGAUGUCCCUUCAUUACAGAAGAAAAUCAUGGCUUCUCAAAGAGAGGCUGAUGUCCGUGAUUUGGUUAUAGCGGGUCUAUCCAACCUUGUAUCAGCAAAUUCGGAAAAUGGUUUCAAGCAUUGCAUCGCUCUGGCUUACGAAUCUGACAUGAGAAAAAGAACAAUGUUUGUUCACGUUUUUGCGCGAGUUUUAGGCCAAGGUGCGAAGUUCGAACCUCAGGGUAAUGCAGAGCUACAAGCUCGCAGAAACCAUCUUUGCGAGCUGGUGAAAGGUUCUGAUAUGAUUCUUGCCCUGGUGAUUUGUGAAUGUUGUCCCGCAUCUGAGGUUGAUAUUAUGAUAUCUGUUCUCAUGAAUUUGUUCGACACUCGUACAUCCUUGAUGGCCCUACUAAAGACCAUGAUAGACCGAGAGAUUGCUCAUACUGAUAAUGAAACCGCAUUAUUCCGCAGCAAUUCGACUUGCACGCGGUUCCUGUCAGCAUUUGCCAAGAUUCAUGGUUACAGCUAUCUCCGGAGUCUGAUUAUCCCCCUCAUCAAGACUAUGACAUCCAUGCCUCCAGGUCAUGGAUAUGAGCUUGACCCUGCUAAAGCUGGCGAACAAGAUGUUAAACAGAAUCAGCAUAAUGUUGAGAUAGUAGCCUCCUCUUUCUUGGAGAUUAUCACUUCCUCGGUCCCUGCUUUGCCUCCUAUGUUCCGCGAAGUUUGCGCACAUCUGGCAAAAUCUGUCAAUCAAGUAUGGCCUGACGCCAAGUUUGCGGCGCUCGGCGCUUUCAUCUUUUUACGUUUCAUUUCGCCUGCAAUCGUUGCUCCAGAGAUUGUGGAUGUAGAAGUACCCAAAGGAGACGCUGGUAUGGUCAUUCGACGUGGACUCAUGGUUAUUGCAAAAGUGAUGCAGAACCUCGCCAACAAUAUCUUCUUCGGAAAAGAAGCACAUAUGAUGGGACUCAACGAUUUCCUGAAAGCAAAUAUUGUUAACGUCACCCGAUACUUGAGCGAAGUUAAUAAAUAUUCGGCAGCCACCGCUGAUGAAGAAUCUGACGAGUGGCUUGGUACAACCACUGACGAUUCAGACACCAUCGUACUUCACCGCUUCUUAGACAAGCAUGCAGAUAAAAUAGGGAAGGAGCUCCUCAGUUGGAUUAAACCCAGCGCAGAAGACGAUACUGCCUCGAUUAGCGCUAAACGUGCGUGGGAGAACCUUUGCGCGACGCUCGUGGAACUACAGAAUGCUCCAGAGGUGCCGAAGCUUUCUCCCUAUGCAAGUUAUGAGCAUAGGGACUAUCUGGACCUGAUGAAUCGUUGUGCACAUCGCAACAUUGACGCAGUUCGUGAUAUAUUUGUGGAAGCCUUCAUGGAUCCUUCUUCUAAUGCGCCUGUCAUCUUCGUACUGCGCGUAUGCAAGAUCGACGUGGAGGCUCUGGAUAUAGAAUUGUUGAUGUAUCACGCCCUUAAAACUUUGAAUUCGCCGCAGUACGAAAAUCGCCAUUACGAGAUAAUCCUCGACUGUACAUCAUUUACGUCGACUUCGGAAAUACCUGUGCAGUGGCUCAAGAUUUGCACUGAGUUAAUUCCGUCGGACAUUCGAAAUAGGUUCACAUAUGCUUACAUUCUGAACCCAAAUCAAUUGACACAGAGAUAUCUUCGUCGCAUGUAUAACGUGUCUGCUGGCACAACACUUUCCAGUGGGAUCAAAGCGUGUUCAUCCGUCGCAGAGCUUUUGGAACAUGUACCGGAUUCCUGCAUGAGUGCACUUGAGUACCCGACGAACCUCGAAGAUGAGGUCAGGUCACCAUUUGCGGAUGUAAACUUGAGACAAACACCUCAAUUACGUAUGCCCGUUGUAAUGGAGGUUGGACUGACACAUAUUCGGAUCACCUCUGUCAGGGCCCAAGUUAUAUCUCAUUCAUUGUCAUGCCGAUCUACUGAGAUCAUUUCUCUCGCUGACGUGAGCGAUGCAUACAACGUAUCCACAGGGCGUGAUCCACACGAGUUCAUCAUCCGUAGAAGUAGGCAAGGAGUGACUUCGUAUUUCUCAUCGCCUGCUCGUGAUGUCAUUGUCAAGACGAUAAGAGCGGCAAAGAGCCAGUUGAGGGAUAUUCAGCACCCAGGGACCGAAAGGUUCCCCAUGUUCACGAAUAUUUCUGCUACACUAUUACAUGUCGGCAUGAUUAACAUUGGCUCUGAAGAAGAAGAGCUCCGUGGUGCAGCAUACAAUCUCCUCGGUGCUGUCUGCUCCUAUCUGGAUUACGAGAAAAAUCCUAUAAUUGCGUCUAAAGCUGGCAUCAUCCCAGGCGAUAUAUCGACCUUCGUGAUCAGCUUAAGCGAUCGUCUAGCCAAUUUUGCGCCCAAACUUACGUUAGACUUCAUGUCAGUCAUCUCUGCUGGUAUGGAUAAGGCGACUCCAGCACAGCGUAUAAAUUGUUUACAAUAUAUGAGUCCAUGGGUAAGGAACCUCGCUAUGUUUUGCAAUCCCUCGAAUGCUCUAUACGAGCAUUCUGGAGCGAGAUUACGCGACUGUAUCCGUUCCCUGAUUGAUCUGACUAUAUCGGACCUCGAAAUAUCGUCUAUGAUACACAAAUAUAUAUGGGUACAAAUCGGCAAUCUCGACACGACAGUGGUUAACAUAGUCCUCGACGAACUUAUCCGCGCAGCCACUGAUGGAGGAAUUGGUUCGCGACGAUGUGAGACCAUUGCACGCACAGCGGCCGCUUUGUCUUCUGUCAAUGUGAGGGGACGAAUAUUUACCAAAUUACGCAAGGUCCUUGGGAAAACUUCACUGAAGCCUUCCAGAACUUUGGCUGAGAAUCAGCAUUGGAAUGAGAUCGCAACGUUAGCUCGUUUCGCACUUGUCGCAAGCAAUCACUCCAAGCAGGCGCAGUACGAUCAGCUCUACCUUCCCGAUAUCUGUCAUGUCGUCACAUUGGUCGCAGGCACGGGGCAAACACUUAUCAGGAAAUCUGUCUAUGGCAUUAUCAUGAAUUUCCUCCAAUCUCUAUUUCUUGCUCGAGCUGACGAUGCGACUGGCCCUGAUCUCCGAGUCUUGAUUGAUGAAUUAACGAGGCUCGAAAAUCUCCAAUUGUUUGGCCUUGGUCGCCAAUCCACCACAAGCGAGUAUACGAACUACGACCCACAAAAUGAUAAGGUUUGUAUCGACAAUCAAGAAGGCCUUACUCAUCUUCUUCUACGUAUAAUGGAGGUCACGGCAGGUUCUAAAGAAUUACUCAACGUUUGGCGCGCUAGGUGGAUGAGUUUGGCGACUUCUACAGCUUUCCAGUUACCCGCUGCUAUUCAGUCCCGUGCCUACAUUGUCCUCGGAACUCUUGCCACUUCCGAUGUCGAUGAUGACCUCGUCUACCAGAUGCUUGUCGCCUUCAAAUCUGCUUUGCUUCAACCCUCCGAGAUGGACACAAUGACGGUAGUCAGCAUGCUCCGAUGCAUCUGCAAGGUUGUACCAUCGUUAGCCGAAGGAUCUAGGUACCUCCCUCAGCUUUUCUGGCUCGCUGUCGCCCUCCUGCAGUCUAGCUAUACUGCGUUCUAUGCAGAGGCAGCUGAACUAUUGCGCGCCACUUUAGAAACUUUGGAGUCGCAUGACGCAUUCGAAGGAGGUUCGAUAUCAAGCGUACUUCUAGAAAGUCGUUCCCCGUUGGAGGAGACCAUCAGCCAAUUAGACCGAAUUUUUUUCUUGUCAUUCGACGUGAACUUUUCAUUCUCGCUUUCCGCCACCAUUUUCAAAGGUAUCCGCCAUUCUCACCUCAGAUCGUCUGCGGAAACUGUUCUCAGAAGUUUGUUAUCGGUUACCGUGCGGUCCUACGAGAACGCAGUCGACGGGCCUAUAACGUCGCUUUGUCCUGAUGCUUUGGGCUAUUUCAUUGCCUUGAUUCCGUUUUCCACCACGCGAGCGUCGUACGUCCGCCUUCUGAAAGAGUCUCGCUUGGACGAAUUCUUACCAACGUCGGGACCCAUGGAGGACGACUUUGUCCCUCGUAUUUCCAUUGACCUUCUUCCAGUAAAUGACGGCACUUUGGCGCUCUUCUUAGUUUCCUUUAUUGGGGCCAUGUUAACCACCGCUCAAGGAGAUGACGCAGAGACGGAGAUACUGUAUCAUCUUCUGUCAGACGUAGGAUGUCUGUAUCCUGACUUGCUUUCGAUGUCGUACGAGAAUCUACAAGAUAGGAUCAAAGAUACAUUUGCACUAUCGUCGAAUCCAGCCAUUAUCCGGGCUGUUUCAAGCAUAUUCCGAGUAGCGCAGUCGGAUCCUCUUCGCCUGGGUCCAUUACGUUCCGGCUCCAUGUCCACGCUUACCGCUGUUGAUGAGAACAAUCUGUCUCAAAGGUUAACCAAGCGUUUGGAUGAGCUGGGCAUGCAAGGAUUGGCGACGAGUUUCCAGUUCUUGUCUCCUAAUCAUGGACAAUGGCCUAACAUUUCGGGAUGGAUAUCAGAGCUUGUGAUGAAAAUUGUGGGCCUGGAAGUGACUUGAAUAUUUGGUCUUUUGCACGGGGGAUAAUCAACAUCAAUGUAAAUUAUCUAGCCAUUUCUACACUGUAUAAUUUGCUCGCAUACUAUAUUGUUUUUUGGCCAUACCUAAUUUUGCUAAAAUAAUAACUAUCUUGUUUUUCCCUGGUGGAUGAUA